GCCAGAAAAAGCAUACUCAAGGGAUUAUAUGCUAUUUCAACCACCAAUGCUAUCUCACUUUCAUUACUGGCUGCUACAGCUGCAAGUGGAAAGUCAAACGGGAGAAAAAAUCUAGCCAUAAAAUUUGCUGCUGCUCUUGGGUACAGAGAGUUGGGAAGGAGCUGGACCACACUUUCUCAGAUAGGGGGAACUUGGGCUGGUCCCUAACUCCAUGAGGGUUCAUUAGAGUCUCAAGGACUGGGUGUGCUAGGGCCUACUUCCUCCAUGAAAAGACUGUCUCAAUUCUGGAGCCAAAGUUAACUUUACUGAAACAUGUGCUGGUUUUCUUCAUUUUCUUUCACUUGUAUUCUUUUUAUGUCAUUCAUUUAUUCAUUCACUUUUGCUUUUACUCAUUCAGUAAACCUUGAAGAAAAAAUGAAGUUUAGGUACAAUUAGAUGUUUUUGGCUAGGGAUUACAGGAAUGCCUGAAUCUUUAAUUCUCUCUUCAUUGUGAGUUUCCCAAAGGAGCUAUGCUUGUGAGGAAAAAAACAGCAAGUGAGAAACAAGAUGCUCCGUUAUUACUGGUCAGGCUAAUGCCUGCUUUUCCCUAAUAAAGAUCUCUGGUGAGGCUAAAUAGUGGCUUGUGGCCUCACCUCAUUGAGGGCCUCUUUUUCUAAGCCAUAUGUUGGGACCAUCUGGUGGGCUAUAUGAUAUAAAAGACCCAGUGAUGAGCAUGCUGGAGUGAGAAGAGGAGGGCCAUAUCAUGUACCUUCACUUACUUGUAAACAUGGUCCAGCUAGGGUCUGAGAGUCUGACGGAUUGGAUCACUAAUUUCCUAUGCCCGAGCUGGGGGAAGGGGUGGAAAUGAGAAGCUUCCCUGGAUUAGGCAGGAGUGUUCUUCUGUCCUCUUUACCUUUCGUGCCCAGAUAUUUGGCUUCUAUGCUAGUGACUGGGAAUAGCAGAGGAGCCUUAGGCAUGAUUCAUGCUCUCAAGGAAUUCACACUCUGUGGAGGAAAACACAAGUGCACACAUAAUCUCAAUAUAGUAAAAGAAGUGCUAUACUUUGUGUGUGUGUGUGUGUGUGUGUGUGUGUGUGUGUUUGCAUGCGUGCAUGCAUCCAUGUGCCAAGGGAGGGACUGAAAAUAACUUUAUAUAGAAGUUGAAAGAUGAUUAAGAAUUGGAUAUGUAAAGAAUAGGGGAUGGCAGAAGAAAUAGUACCGGAGGAGUUGUCAGAGGGCAUUGGUGUAAGUUUUAUUUUAUGUGUAACUGAGGAUAUGGAUGGAGAAGUGAUGGGAAAUGAAGCUAGAGAGAGAUGAGUCAGAUGUUGUGUAGUUUAAAGAAUUUGACCUCUGCCACGUAGGGAAUAAAGAGUCCCUAAAGAUUUUAAGCUAGUGAUGUUGCCUAAGCUAUGUUUUGGAAUGAUUAUUUGAUCAUGUGAGGAUGCAUUGGAAGGUACAAAACUAAUGCAAGGAGACGUCUUUGCCUUCAAAGAGAAAGCAACAGCAAUAUUCAAGAGAGAGCGGUUAUUUUACCCAUUUCUGGUUGCUUCAUUUUGCUUGUCUGUCACGUUGCUCUACGUGUGGAUAGAAACCUCAAACGAAUACUUUGGCUUUGACUGGGUUGUUUUUCUAGGUACAGGAAACUGGUUCUACUGUUCCAUUCUUUUACUGAGUUUCUUUGGGAUCCUGACUGCCUACUCUACAUUGCUGUUGAUACUUGGAUUUUUGUUGAUUUGGGAUGGGAGGCAUGAUCUACAGCUGCACUGGUUUCAUAAGAUCCUGACUCUGCUAGUGAUUCUGCUAUCCUCGUUUUUUAUGUGGAUUUUAAGCGUUUACUGGAAAGACAGGUGGUUGACAGCUGGGCUUUCACUGAAGGUCUUUGCUCCCUACAUACACCUGAGCAGCAUACCUGUGAUGGUUCUCAUUUCCUGGCCUGUGGCCUUCUACUUAAUCCAUUUGGAAAGAGAAGCUAGAAUCAGAAAAUACAAGAUGACAAGUCGUGAGAGAAGAAGAGUCAAGAGAUGUGAUAGACUCGCAAAAUUGAGAGCUCUACAAGUGGCUAUUGGAUUGCCCUUUUUUCUUAUCCUUUUAUGUCUCUAUGUGGUCCCAUUGGGGAUUUACUCUCCCUGCAUUCAGGAGAAGGAUAAAUUGGGACCCAAGCCAGACAUCUUUGGACAUAGAGGUGCACCCAUGCUGGGGCCUGAGAAUACCAUGAUGUCCUUUGAGAAAGCUGUUGAACACAGGGCUUUUGGGCUGGAGACUGACGUAUACUUAAGUUAUGAUAGCGUGCCUUUUCUCAUGCAUGACUAUGACCUGAGAAGAACAACCAAUAUUCAGAAAGUCAUGCCAAAUGCCUCCUUUGCACACCCUUCUUCUUUCACAUGGGAUUUCCUGUCGACUCUGAAUGCAGGCGAAUGGUUUGUACAACCACAGCUCAAACCAUUUUACAAUAUGAAACCCAUAUCAGAGGCUGAUAGUAAAAAAGCAGAAAGUCAGAGGAUUCCAAGACUAGCUGAUUUAUUGGAACUUGCACGGAAGGAAAAAAAAUUUGUGAUAUUUGAUCUUAACAGCCCUAAACAAAAACAUCCUCACAGAAACACGUAUGUCCGCCAUGUAGUAAGCGUGAUCCUUGACUCUAAAAUUGAGCAACAUCUGAUUUAUUGGUUGCCAGGUUUUGAUAGGGACUAUGUCAGGAGCACAGCUCCUGGUUUUCAGCAAGUCGGCCGGCUUUACUCCAUCGAAAGCCUUGCAUAUGAAAAUCUGAGUAUAAUAAAUGUUGACUAUAAGGAAUUGUUCUACAAUGGAUUGAAAGACUAUAAAGCAGCUAACAUCACCAUCAACUUAUACCUCGUGAAUGAGCCUUGGCUCUACUCACUGGCCUGGUGCUCCAGGAUUCACUCCGUGACCACGGACAACAUUCAGACCCUAAGUCAGCUAAAUCACCCUUACUUCUUUAUGACGCCAAAUUACUAUGUCUUCAUGUGGCUUUUCGUGGAUAGUGUUUCUGCAAUUUUCAUUGUUGCCAUAUUUUAUUUUCAUUGGUGGAAUGAGAACGAAAAAGAAAAAUUCUUCAAAAGCACCAGUACUCAUAAAGAUACUCGGAACCUCCCAAAGGGAAAAACUAAGAAGUCAGGAGCUUCUGUGAUAUCCAAACCACCCCCCCGAGUUAAGGAAAGCCCUUGGACUUUAGAAGCCCUCACCCCAGCUUUAACCAGAAGCACAAGGAAACACCCAGGCCCUCAGCAGUUUUCAGCAGUCCCUGAGGAGAAAGCCAGCAAACCACUGAAGCCUGUCAAAGAUGACGUAACACAACCAGUGCCCACCCAGGAGGACUUUGAACUCGCCCAGGAACCCACCAGAGAGGCCACCCACAAAACUGCUUUGCCUGACUUGAAGGCGAAUGAACCAACAAUUUCUUCUGCAGAGGUCCCUCAUCCUGAAACACAACCAGAUUACACCCCCAUUGUUGAAUCCUCCCAAUAAUCAUCUUUUAUUAUGUUUUCCACCACA